AUGGUGCUGUACCCUGACAGGCUGGGAUGUCACAUCACCUUCUGCCCCCACUCCUCCAGUCACAUCACCUUCUGCCCCCAUUCCUCCAGUCACAUCACCUUCUGCCCCCAUUCCUCCAGUCACAUCACCUUCUGCCCCCACUCUCCUCCCUACAACAUCUCUGCCCCCACUCUCCCCCUACAACAUCUCUGCCCCCACUCUCCUCCCUACAACAUCUCUGCCCCCACUCUCCCCCUACAACAUCUCUGCCCCCACUCUCCCCCUACAACAUCUCUGCCCCCACUCUACCCCUACACCAUCUCUGCCCCCACUCUCCCCCACUCUACUGCCCCCACCCCCACUCAGCUCUACUGCCCCCACCCCCUCUCAGCUCUACUGCCCCCACCCCCACUCAGCUCUACUGCCCCACCCCCACUGCCCCAGCUCUACUGCCCCACCCCCUCUCAGCUCUACUGCCCCACCCCCUCUCAGCUCUACUGCCUCCAUCCCCCUCAGCUCUACUGCCCCACCCCCUCUCAGCUCUACUGCCUCCACCCCCCUCAGCUCUACUGCCUCCACCCCCCUCAGCUCUACUGCCCCCCCCCCUCUCAGCUCUACUGCCCCACCCCCCCCUCUCAGCUCUACUGCCCCACCGCCCACUCUCAGCUCUACUGCCCCACCCCCCCCUCUCAGCUCUACUGCCCCCACCCCCUCUCAGCUCUACUGCCCCACCCCCUCUCAGCUCUACUACCCCCAACCCCUCUCAGCUCUACUGCCCCCACCCCUCUCAGCUCUACUGCCCCACCCCCUCUCAGCUCUACUGCCCCACCCCCCCUCUCAGCUCUACUGCCCCACCCCCCCCAGCUCUACUGCCCCCCCCUCUCAGCUCUACUGCCCCCACCCCCUCUCAGCUCUACUGCCCCACCCCCCCACUGCCUCCCCCUCUCAGCUCUACUGCCCCACCCCCCCCACUGCCCCACUCAGCUCUACUGCCCCACCCCCUCUCAGCUCUACUGCCCCACCCCCUCUCAGCUCUACUGCCUCCACCCCCUCAGCUCUACUGCCCCACCCCCUCUCAGCUCUACCCCCCACCCCCCUCUCAGACUACUGCCCCACCCCAUCUCAGCUCUACUGCCUCCACCCCCCCUCAGCUCUACUGCCUCCACCCCCCUCAGCUCUACUGCCCCCACCCCUCUCAGCUCUACUGCCCCACCCCCUCUCAGCUCUACUGCCCCCCCCCUCUCAACUCUACUGCCUCCACCCCCUCAGCUCUACUGCCCCCCCCCCUCUCAGCUCUACUGCCCCACCCCCUCUCAGCUCUACUGCCCCACCGCCCUCAAAGCUCUACUGCCCCACCCCCUCUCAGCUCUACUGCUUCCACCCCCUCAGCUCUACUGCCCCCACCCCCUCUCAGCUCUACUGCCCCAGCCCCCUCUCAGCUCCUACUGCCUUCCAAACCCCCCAACGCUCAAACUGCCCCACCCCUCUCAGUUCUACUGCCCCACCCCCUCUCAGCUCUACUGCCCCCUCUCAACUCUACUGCCUAAACCACCCCCCCCUUCAGCUCUACCGCACCCACCCCCUCUGAGCUCUACUGCCCCACCCCCUCUCAGUUCUACUGCCCCACCCCCCCUCUCAGCUCUAGGCUCAGGUGAACUCCCUGCGCAGCCAGGUCGCAUCAGUUCAAAGGAGAAAUCCAACGUCCAACCAGAUCUCCAGGACGUCGAGAAUCGCCUUCCAAACCGGCCACUAUAG